CCGCAGAGGAACAAUGGAGCGUGAGGAGAAGGAGGAGAAGCUCCUAAUCUCAUUAUCUCUGUCUCAGCUAAUCCACCGGGAACACAAGCACCGAGAUGGCCCACACAUACUGUAGCACAAGCACAGACCUACUGUAUGUUUGCGUGGUUGUUGGCAGGAACACAGAGCGAUGUCAGACAUGCAGGACGCGCUGCUGCUGGGGCCAGAGGGCAUCAAGAAGACCAUCCUGCAUGGAGGGACUGGAGACAUCCCCAAAUUCACCACUGGGGCGAAGGUGACGUUCCACUUCCGCACCACGCUGUGCGAUGACGAGCGCACGGUGAUAGACGACAGCAGAGCGGUGGGGACGCCCAUGGAGAUCGUGAUUGGCAACAUGUUCAAACUAGACAUCUGGGAGACACUGUUGUCCUCCAUGAGGGUCGGUGAGGUGGCUGACUUCUGGUGUGACAUCAUUCACACCGGCGUUUAUCCGCUGGUGUCGAAGAGCAUGCGCCGCAUCGCCGAAGGCAAAGACCCGGUGGACUGGCACAUCCACACCUGCGGCAUGGCCAACAUGUUCGCCUACCACAGCCUGGGCUACGCUGACCUGGAUGAGCUGAUGAAGGAGCCCAAGCCCCUGUUCUUCACCCUGGAGCUGCUCCAGGUGCAGCAGCCCGGUGAGUACAACAGGGAGUCAUGGGCUCUGAGCGACGAGGAGCGUCUGAAGGCGGUGCCGGUGCUACACGGCCAGGGGAACAAGCUCUACAAGCAGGGGCGCUACCAGGAGGCCACGCAGAAGUACAAGGAGGCCAUCAUCUGCAUCAAGAAUGUCCAGACUAAGGAGAAAGCCUGGGAGGCCCCGUGGCUGAAGCUGGAGAAGAUGGCCAACACCCUGACCCUGAACUACAGCCAGUGUCUGCUGCGCAUGGGGGAGUACUACGAGGUCAUCGAGCACACGAGCGACAUCAUCAACCAGCACCCAGGCGUGAUGAAGGCCUUCUACCUGCGUGGGAAGGCCCACGUGGAGGUGUGGAACGAGGCGGAGGCCCGGCAGGACUUCAGCAGGGUUCUGGACCUGGACCCGGCCAUGAAGAAGACUGUCAAGAAGGAGCUGGCUGUGCUCAACAUGCGCUUGGAAGAGAAGAACCAGCAGGAUAGAGACAAGUACAAGGGCAUGUUCUGACUGAGGCGCUGCAGCUAUGCAGACAAGCAGCACAACGCAAUAGACUUGUUAGUCCUGUCCUGUGACUCUAACUAUUUAUAUAUUUGAUCUGCGGGUAAAAUAAAAGCUGUUAUCUGUC